AGAGGGAGGGGGGUUUGCACAGUGCGCAUGCGCGUAUCCUCCAGAUACCCCCCUUGCUUACUCCAGCCAUGUGGUUGUUGAUAUCGUCUUAAAAAGAGGUUCUUCCCGCGCUCUUUGCGUGUAAACGGAGAACAUGUCGGCGGACGUCGUGAAGAUCCACGCGCAAGUGGAGUCGGUGCUGGGCGCCCUCGUCAAAGCCGCCGCGGCGGAGUUGACCAGACUGUUCGAGAGCAGCUACGCCGCCUCGGCUGCUGCGGCGCGGGACGUCGGCCCCGCCGAGGACCGGAGACCGGGGACAAAGUUCAAGUCGUCGGAGGGCUUACCUUCUGGGAGGUCGACCCGCAGUAUCGGCGUGCAAGUGGACCAUGAUAUCGACUGCUCGCUCGUCCUUUCAAAUGGAGAUUGUUCUUUAGACUACAAAGAGGAAGAGGAGGCUCACAAAAUAUUCUGUCCUAUCCUUCCUGCUGGAGACGAUACAAAGCAGGCAGCGGCAGAGUCCAGGGUCCCUGAGACCGAUUGUGGGCAGCAACCUGAUUUGACUUUGAAUGGCGUGCCUCCAGUCCUUCAGCACCACGUGGUCCCGGAAAGUCAGAAGUUCCCGCUAAUCCUGCACUGCGAGUCUCUGGCGCCCCCACCCGCGGAAGCCAAGCCUCAGCCGUCCCGGGUGAGCACGGCGGAGGGCACGGCCUACAGCCCCUCCCCCAGCGACGGGGCGGCCACGCUGUGGGAGCAGGUCCCCGCGCCAGAGGGCGGCGGCGACUUCCUGCAGAUGAAGUUGAAACUCUCCUCCCCCGACCGGAAGCUGGCGAGCGGCUGCGUGGUGCGACUGGUGGACCUGCUGACCGCCGCCAAGACGGAGGCCAGGAUGCAGGAGGGCGGCGGUAAAAAGGCGUGGCCUUUACCCAAAGACCUGCGGCGCCACCAGAGCGUCCACACGGGCCACCGCCUGUGCUGCUUCGCGCCGUGCGGCGACGACGUGUGGCGCCUCCAGAGGGUGGUGGCUCGCUCCCGCGCCGGCUACGCCUGCGCCGUCUGCGGCAAGGCCUUCCCGCGCCGCAAGCUGCUCCGCCGCCACGAGCGCUUCCACACGGGCGAGAAGCCCUACGCCUGCGCCAAGUGCGCCAAGACCUUCGCGCUCAGGAAGAACCUCCGCCGCCACCUGCGCUUCCACACGGGCGAGCGGCCGCACAGGUGCGCACGCUGCGGCAAGAGCUUCCGCCUGCGCGAGAACUUGAAGACGCACCUGCGCUUCCACACGGGGGAGAAACCCUACGAGUGCAGCCUGUGCGGCAAGACCUUCCGCAUCAUGAGAAACCUGGAGAAGCACAACCUCAGCCUGUGCGGGGACUUUGCGCCCUCCUUCAAGACCAUCGCCGGAUUGUACCGCCGACCCGAGCCCCACUCUCUACAUCUCAGGUCUUCCUCGAACCAGGUACCACCUCAAUGACCGACGUUCAGCCACAGUAGCGUAGUAGGCCCACCUAUUCAUCCAAAACAAGGUCAAAGGUUUUCUUCAACAGUUUGAACAGUCACACUGUGUUGGAACAUUUCACCAAGUCAUUCUUUGGCGGGCCACGGUUUGAGAAUCCCUGUUACUAAAUUCUCUCGUUAAGUAUUUCGUGACGCAACGACACGGCUGAUAUCAGACAUCAGUCCGAUGAUACCGACUCGCAGCUAAAAUGUCCGAUACAUGUUUACUUUGGCAGAUGUCUUCUGAUAAGCAUACAAGUUUGACCUUUCCCUCUUCCUUUUAAGUCCUUCUCAAAAGGUAAACCCGGUAGGCUAAAAGCUGCGAGCAGCUACACAACAGCUAAGCAUACAAUAGCACACAAGCUAGUUAUGCCAACAGGUGUCCUUAAUUGAAUAAUAUUGAUGUCUAAUACAGGACAUUAGUCUUAAUUAUAUGACUUAAAUGCUUAACAAAAGGUAAACCUGGUAGGCUAAAAGCUGCGAGCAGCUACACAGCAGCUAAGCAUACAAUAGCACACAAGCUAGUUAUGCCAACAGGUGUCCUUAAUUGAACAAUAUUGAUGUCUAAUACAGGACAUCAGUCUUAAUUAUAUGACUUAAAUGCUUAACAAAAGGUAAACCUGGUAGGCUAAAAGCUGCGAGCAGCUACACAGCAGCUAAGCAUACAAUAGCACACAAGCUAGUUAUGCCAACAGGUGUCCUUAAUUGAACAAUAUUGAUGUCUAAUACAGGACAUUAGUCUUAAUUAUAUGACUUAAAUGCUUAACAAAAGGUAAACCUGGUAGGCUAAAAGCUGCGAGCAGCUACACAGCAGCUAAGCAUACAAUAGCACACAAGCUAGUUAUGCCAACAGGUGUCCUUAAUUGAGUAAUAUCGAUGUCUAACACAGGACAUUUGUCAUAAUUAUAUGACUUAAAUGCUUAACAAAAGGUAAACCUGGUAGGCUAAAGGUUAUGAUCAGCUACACAACAGCUAAGCAUACAAUAGCACACAAGCUAGUUAUGCCAACAGGUGUCCUUAAUUGAGUAAUAUCGAUGUCUAACACAGGACAUUUGUCAUAAUUAUAUGACUUAAAUGCUUAACAAAAGGUAAACCUGGUAGGCUAAAAGCUGCGAGCAGCUACACAACAGCUAAGCAUACAAUAGCACACAAGCUAGUUAUACCCACAGGUGUCCUUAAUUGAACAAUAUUGAUGUCUAAUACAGGACAUUUGUCAUAAUUAUAUGACUUAAAUUAUUAAAAAGUAAACCUGGAAGGCUAAAAGCUACGAGCAGUUACACAACAGCUAAGCAUACAGUAGCACACAAGCUAGUUGUACCUAACAGCUGUCCUUAAUUGAACAAUAUUGAUGUCUAAUACAGGACGUUUCUCAUAAUGAUAUGACUUAAAUGCUUAACAAAAGGUAAACCUGGUAGGCUAAAGGCUAUGAGCAGCUACACAACAGCUAAGCAUACAAUAGCACACAAGCUAGUUGUACCCAACAGGUGUCCUUAACUGAACAAUAUUGCUGUCUAAUAAAGGACAUUUGUCAUAAUUAGUCACAAAUGACUUAAGUGCUUCACAAAAGGUAAAACUGGUAGGCUAAAGGCUACGAGCAGCUACAAAACCGCUAAGCAUACAAUAGCACACAAGCUAGUUGUACCUAACAGGUGUCCUUAACUGAACAAUAUUGCUGUCUAAUACAGGACAUUUGUCAUAAUUAGUCACAAAUGACUUAAGUGCUUCACAAAAGGUAAAGCUUGUAGGCUAAAGGCUACGAGCAGCUACACCACAGUUAAGCAUACAAUAGCACACAAGGUACUUGUACGUAACAGGUGUCCUUAAUUGAACAAUAUUGCUGUCAAAUACAUGACAUUUGUCACAUAUGACUUACCUACUUCCUUCUCAAAAGGUAAACCUGGUAGGCUAAAAGCUGCGAGCAGCUACACAACAGCUGAGCAUACAAUAGCACACAAGCUAGUCGUACGUGACAGGUGUCCUUAAUUCAACAAUAUUACUGUCUAGCACAGGGCAUUUUUCAUAAUUAGUCACAUAUGACUUACCUAAGUCCUUCACAAAAGGUAAACCUGGUAGGCAAAAGGCUACUAGCAACUACACAACAGCUGAGCAAACAAUAGCACACAAGCUAGUCGUACGUAACAAGUGUCCUUAAUUGAACAAUAUUGCUGUCCAAUGCAGGACAUAAUUAUAGGACUUAAAUCCUUCACAAAAGCUAAACCUGGUAGGCUAAAGGCUGCGACCAGCUACACAACAGUUAAGCAUACAAUAGCACACAAGCUAGUCGUACGUAACAAGUGUCCUUAUUUGCUGUCUAAUACAGGACUUUUGUCAUCAUUAUGGUCAUAUAUGACUUACGGAUUAGUAAUAAAGUAUCCAGUAACAAACGUGUCCGCAUCAUUGAACUUACUGCGCCAUGCCCUUGAUGUAUUGUCCCCAAAACACAAAUCAACACUCCACUUGCAUUCCUAUUUUUCUUUUUGAUUGAACCACUAUAACAUUCCACACUACAACAUAAAAGUAUGUACUUUUAUGCAUUAAGGUUAAUGUUUCAUCCGCCAUCGUCGUCAUCACUCAAACAUUUUUAAAAGUAUGUACUCUUGAUUCCUACUGAUAUCGUAUCGGGGUAGUAUAGGUAUCGGAACACACCAAAUUUUCACGUACAUUUAAUGGGAGAAAUAAUAAAAAAUGUAAUGACAACCAAAAAUAUGAACACAAAACAAAAUAUGUAACAUCACUCUGCCACUUAAGCGGAUUGUAGCUGCGAGUUCUUUCUCAAAACCAAACUUUCUUGAUCAAAGUGCUUUCACUCACAACUUUUUUGGGCCCCGCCUCGGCUUAUUUCGCAAUCCCACCCAAUAAACAGACUGAGCCCUUCUGUCGGGCCAACGCGCUAGUUUGUUAGCGUGCUGGGGAAAAAAACUGGGGCAGUCCUGAACCGAAGUCAAGUGGAUUCUGUCCAUCAAAACCUGGUCCAUCGUCUCUAAAACAAUCCUUCAAGUCAGGACCAAGUUGGCAGCUCCACACUUCAUCCAAAGGAGAAUUCCACUUUCAAGCUAACUCACUUUACCUUUUUUUUUGUUGUAGCAGCUAAAUGCAAAAAAAGCUAAGAAUAAAAGUUGUUUUUGUCCAUUAGUCGGGUGAUAUUUCUUUAAAAAAGGUGUCCAAUGUGUGUCCUGGGGGACAUUUUCAUCCCACAACUCCUAUUAUCAGGCCAAAGAAUAUUGUAGGAACCCAAUUAAAUAUGAUAUACUUGUACUAAAAACACUACACUUUGUUUUAUGUACUGCUAAUGUGUUCAGGUUGUAC